CCACAUGACUCACUGAAACUGAGCUGCAGAAAAAAAGUGAAGGGAGGAAUCUCUGCAGCAGCCAUUGGACCAAUCACAGAGCCUGAACUUACUUUCACUUUGACCAUUAUAUAAACACAGCAGCGUGUUUGGCUGCAGACUCCACCUAAACUCCACUACUCAACUUUUAGCAACAGACUCUCUUUGUGGUUGAAAUAUCAGCAGGACACAGAAACCUCCACCAUGUCCACCGCAGACCAGCUGCUGGAGCAAAUGUACUCCUGGAUCGAUCAGAGGGAGCAAUGUGCAGAGAAGCUGAAGAAGCUGGCCCGAGAGCUGGAGUCGCUCAGGGAGAAAUGUAAUGCCGGUGAAAUUGUCGGCAGCUCAGUGGCCGUGGCUGGAAGUGCAUGUUUGAUCACUGCUGGUGUGGCCACCCUGUUAACCGGUGGUUUAGCUUUGCCAUUGUUAGGUAUAGCAGGAGGAGUGUGUUCGGUUGCAGGUGUUGGGAUAUCUGUGGUUACUAAAAUCACUGAGUACUUCUUGUCCAGUGACACCAUGGAGGAUGCAAAGAAGAUAGAAGGUAAAAGCAAUAAAACUACAGAAAAUAUCCAGAAACUGUUCAUGCAGCUGAAGACAGAGACGCAGGGGAAGAGUUCCUUUGCAGAUCCCAAUGACCUGGAUCGAGAGGUCAUGAAGGAAAUCCUAAAAAGCAUGGCCAGGCGAAGUGGACUGCAGCAUUGUUUCAUCCUGAACAUGCUUAAAACGCGACAUGGUUUUUUUGAUGCUGGACCAGGUGAUGCAGGAUUCAUCCGGAACUUCUCAAACAAACUGAUGAUCACACUUGGCAGCAUUUUGUCAUUCUUCACACUGAGCGCCAGCGGGAACCUAUUUAAACUAAUAUUUGUCAAAGGAGGCCAACAACUGGGCAAAGAAGUCUCUAAACUUGGACUAAAAACAGUCCUUAAAGGAGGCGCCAUGGCUGCAGGGGGAGUUAUUGGAUUGGCAUUUGAACUUCCUGAGGCGAUUGAUCAAUGGAAAGAACUCAUCAGCGACAAUCAUGUGACCGAAGCGAGCCAAUCACUGAGAGAUACAGCUGAAGACCUCAUGAAGAUCUGCAGGACCCUGAGGAAGCAGCUGGAUGAGAUUCAACAAACGUUUAGGGAUUUUGAAGAACUGAAGUGCUGCAUUGAAAACAGCGACAGAAGCUCCGAGCAAAAGGAGAACUUUAUCAAAAUUGUUAAAAAAUAUUGUGAUAAUCAAGACAUCUUGAGAUGGCUGAAUGAAGUGUAUGAUACUGAGCUCUUCUUCAAACUUGUGGACUUGUUUUACCUUCUGAAACAAGAGCUCGAUAAGAAAAAGAAGAAGACGGACAGAGAGGAGAUCGACAUCAUCUUUGUGGCACAUGGAUCCAUUGAAGAACCUCUGAUGUCAGCCAGCAGCCUGCUCCCCCUGUCCACAAUCGAAGACGUGGUCCUGUAUUCUCCCUGGAACUGUGCUAUUGAUUCAUGUUCAGCUUAUGGUAUUGCUACAGGAAACCUUGAGCCUGAGCAAAGGGUCUUCCUCUGUACCAACAAUAAAUGUCCCAUUCCUCAUGAUGGCCACAGACCCACCAAACUGCCCCAUUGCUGGAACUCAAUGAAGAACGCUGGAGCAUGGAUGAUCCCAAACAUCCUUGUCAGCCCUCUGAGAAAGCCAGAAGAUAAGGCGUGGAAAGGCUUCAUGUUUCUUCAAGGCACAUAUGGUGAGCCUGGGAGAAACCGAGUUGUUAUUCCGUACAUGCUGCCAAGAGUUUUCGGUUACUCGAUGACGAUCCCGCUUUAUGUCGUCACUCUGGCCCUGUCGCUAGUGCUCUUUAUCUUUCCAUUCAAAGCAACUUUCCACCUCGCUGCUUGUCUGGGUAGAUCUUCACCAACAACGCUGUCCGAGCAGGGUGAGAGCCUGAACCAGCAGUAUUCAUGCACUAUUGACGACACAGCAAUGACAUGCCCAGAGGGAAUGUUUUAUGAACACCCUGAGCUGUACAGAGCUCUGAGGGCUGUGUUUGAUCAAUAGGUCAUUUCACUGUAAAAACUACAGGAGCCCCGAGGGCUCAAAUUAAUCCUAAGAAAGAGACAAAAGUCGAGGAAAUUAAGAUAAACAUUUUGACCACAGACAAAUAAUUUAGAAAAUGCAACAGAUAUAUACAAUACAGCCCAUAACCCCAAAACAAAACAAAAACAUGAACAAAAAUAAGAUCAUAAUCAAUAAUCAGGAUUAAAAGUUUCAGUAAGUUUGUUUAAAUGCUCAAGAAUCAACAUGUGUGAUCUUUAUUGUUAGAGAUUCAGGUCUGAACUUUAGUAUGAGAAGUGUUCUGGUGUUCAUUUGUAGUGUGAUUGUAAUCCUGUUAUUGUCCAAUCAGGUAUCAGCAGGCUUUAGUGCAUGCAGGAAAAAUCCUUCCUAUGAACAGCCAAAGCAGGCCAAUCACAAUCCACCGUAAUGACAUCCCAACUUCCAUCAGCGCUAAUCUGACGAUGAGUCAUUUGUAUCUAUAAACAGAUAUCUACAUGCAAGUGCAGCUAACUAUCUGUUCUAUGUCAGACAGUAACACUGAGACACAAAUCUUCUUGAUACUUUGUCCCAACAGACAAUCAGGGUUUGGAUUUCCUGAAAUGCAGCAGAAAUUACCGAUGCGAUCUCCUUUCAACAAUGAAACUUUGAAAAGUUGUUUUCUUCUCUUGAGGUCAGACCUGACAAAAGCUGAUUUUUUACACAUCUGCAUUAUGAUGUUAUUUUGGCAAAUCCAAGACCUGUUCAUGAAUUACAAGAAAAUCUGUUCCUUUGUUUGGUUCAUACCAGUGAAGUAAGCCUCUGUGUAACUUACUAUUUACAGUGAAACUGACACUCACUGGAAGCAGAUGGCAUUAACUUUAUAGAUAUAACUAUUGGUUAGUUUCCCUUGGUGCUUGGUCUGAUCACACGAUUGCUGCAGAAGUUGCUAAUUGGACUGUAAACAAUGCAGCCUACAGGAAAGGAGGUCCACCGUUCAAGUAAUUUAUACUUAACUGCGUACCCCCACAGAACGCCCAAAUAAAUGCAUUAUACAUAUGUAUUAUGUGAACAUUGCAAUGAUGUAUAUGAUUCAGUAUUUGCUGUUUUCUGUUUAAUGUUCAAGGCUUGUUUUCUGACUUUUUCUUUACAGCAUUUUAGAAAGGAAAGAUCAAGUUUUGAGAAACCUUGAAAAAAAUCUUUAACAAUUUUCUUCGAGUCAUUUAUUUACGCCAUUUAUCUGGUUUUCAUAAUGUUCUCUUUUUUUCUGAUCAGUUAACCAAAUUUAAUAACGUAUAGUCAUUUGAGACUCCCUGUUCUUUGUUGUUCAAGAUAAAUAUUAAGAUAUAAAGCCAAGUUUGGAUUCGCUUCAAGAAUUUGCGAAUCUAUAAAUCAUGAGUUAUGAUUUAAUGCACGGCACAGAUUUUUAGCUAAUGAUUAGUAAAUUCUGAAGACAUGAAUCCUUUUGAGACUUGACAAUGCCUAUCUUUCAGAGGUGGAACAUGUCUCUUCCUAAGGUUUAAUAAAUGAAUUAAAACACA